UCUCGUCUAUUUACCUUCCUCCCAACUACGUAGUACCUACUUAUAUCUUUCUCUCUCUCUCCUUCCUCUUCAACGCUUCUCUUUCUCAAUUUCUCCAGCUAUUCCCCUAGUUAGCUGAUCUGUUUAUCCAUGGCGGAGGCGGAAGCCACCAAGGAGUUGCCCGUGGAACACCACCCGCCGCCGACGACGACGCCUCCAGAACCCGAACCAGUUGUAGCCGCUCCAAAAGAAGUAGCCGAAGAGAAAGCGGUUGUUGCUCCCUCUCUUCCUUCUCAUCCUGAAGAAGAAAAGGAGAAGGAUAAACCAGCUGAUGAAUCCAAAGCUAUCGUCCUUGUUGAGCACAAAGAAGCUACAGAACCAGAACAUGUGGAAGAGAAAAAAGAGGGAGGGUCCCUUGAUAGAGAUGUAGUGCUUGCUCGAGUAGCUAAAGAAAAGAAGCAUGCCCUCAUCAAAGCCUGGGAAGAAAGUGAAAAAGCAAAAGCUGAGAACAAAGCCCACAAGAAGCUAUCUGAAAUUGGUUCAUGGGAAAACAAAAAGAAAGCAGAUAUAGAAGCUGAGCUGAAAAAGAUUGAGGAGAAGUUGGAGAUACAAAAGGCGGAAUAUAUAGAGAAAAUGAAAAACAAGAUUGCAAUGCUUCACAGGGGAGCAGAGGAAAAGAGAGCAAUGAUUGAAGCAAAACGAGGAGAAGACCUUCUUAAGGCAGAGGAGUUGGCAGCCAAACACCGUGCCACUGGAACUCUUCCAACCAAAGCGUGUGGGUGCUUCUGAGGCUUUGGAAUUGUGUUUGUAAAGUCUGUGUGGUGAUAUUUAUUGUAUGCAGUUUAUUUAGAAGUGUUGUGAGGUGAUGCUGUAGAAACAAUACAAAAUUUGUUGUUCAUUGCUAUAGUGUGCAUAGUGAUGUAUUUGAUAGUAUAUAAUUAUAUAAAUAACAGAUAAAAAACUAAAACAAGGGUUGUACAAGUGUGGAAGUUUUUCUCAUCACUCAAAGGUGCAAAUCUGUAAGAUCAGCAAUGGCGUAGAGUAGUAAUUGGAGACUUGGAGUAGUGUAACUCAAUUGAAAGACAUCUUGGAGAUGUAAUAAGGUGACAUCAUAUUUUGGUCUAUUAAAACUUCAUCUGACUGUCACGAGGUUAUAACUUGAAGUAGGCCUGGACUCGAGCCGGUUCGGGCCCGGGCCGGGCCUAGGCCCGGUCGGACCGGCGGUUCUGGAAUGGGGGGCCCGGAACCGGCCCGUGUACUCCCCGGGUCCGAGUUGGGCCGGGCCGAGCCUCGGGCCUUUGUUAUUUUUUUUUUCCUUUUCCUAGAUAACCCCCAACCCCCCUCACCCCCAAACCAUCCCAAACCACCCCAAAUGGCCCAAAAUACCCAACCCAACCCGAAAACUAACAAAAAUUGAAAAAAAAAAAUUAAAAAGGCCCGGAACCGGGCCCAAACUGGCCAGGCCGGUUCGUGAUUUAGGGGGCCUGAGCCCGGACCCACAAUAGAGCAACUCAUUGUUUAGGAUACCUAUUAUAUAAAAAUUCCUAGUUUUGUAAUGUUUAAUUAUCUUUAUUAGAUAAUUUGUACUCGAUUUUGUAAAAUAUCAAUAAUAUUAAAUAUCAGACACAAUAGUUAAAUAGUUUUUAGAUCAUUUAAUGUGAAUCCAAUUAAAUUAAACAAUCAAUUUACUUCUUACUUUGUAAAACCAAUUUGUUGCAUAGAUAGUAAACUUUAACUUAUUUUAGCCUUAAUUCAAAUAUAAUAUGCAUCAUGUAUAUA